ACUUGCACACUGAAUUUAAGGUUUUGACGGGGAAAGGCAAGAAGGUCACAACAGUGUGCUUGCGAUUGGCGUGCCCCGCAUUCUUCUUCUUCCUCUCCCAUUUUCCGCUCGCGAUCUUAAUCUUGGGCUCCUCUGUCUCGCAAAUAAAAAGAGCACCAAAAAAGUGAUGGUAAAGGCAUACACACAAGAGCAUGUUUACAAGCAUCCAUGGGAGCGUGUAACAUCUGCAUCUUGGCGAAAAUUUGCUGACCCUGAGAACAAGCGUACGUUAUCUCACAUCCUUGAAGUUGACACUUUGAAUCACAAACUUGAUCCUCAAUCUGGGAAGCUUUACACCACUCGUGCCAUCGCCAUCCAUGCCCCAGGGCCAUGGUUUAUUCGCAAAAUCAUUGGUCAGGAUAUCUGUCACUGUGUUGAAUCAACAGUCGUUGAUGCUCAAUCAAAGUCGAUGCAACUCACAACCCGCAACAUCAGCCUCCAAAACUUCAUAGAAGUGGAGGAGAAAAUUCAGUACAACCCUCAUCCAAAUAACCCAAAUGGAUGGACACUUUGCCAGCAGGAGACUAGUAUAAGGAUCAAACCGUUAUCAGCACUGGCAUCGAUGGCAGAAAAGGUAGAGCAUCGAUGUGCUGAGAAGUUCGUGCAGAAUAGUGCCAAGGGCAGAGAAGUUAUGGAGAGGAUCUGCAGGUAUCUUGAAGCUGAAUCUCAUGGUAUUUCCCUCUGAUUUUACUUCCUUACUUUCGCUUGUAGUUCUAAUUUCUAGGCUCUUAUGCUCUUUCAGAGUAGGAAAUAAGAAUGAAUGCUGAAUGUAUUAAUAUGGAGGUCCUGUCUUGGAAUUUCUGCUCCUCAGUUCAUAGAUUUUUCCUGAAAUUGCUCAUCUAUAUCCAGUGCAAACUUUUUGUAUUAUUAAAAGGAAAGGGAGAACCCCUAGAACUCUAUUUAAAAGGAAAGGGAGAACCCCUAGAACACUGUUUUGAUUCA